AUGGAGCCGGCCGGGCCGUGCGGUUUCUGCCCGGCCGGGGACGCCCAGCCCGCGCGCUACACCUGCCCGCGCUGUAACGUGCCCUACUGCUCGCUGCGCUGCUACCGGGCGCACGGCCCCUGCGCCGAGGACUUCUACCGCGACCAGGUGCUGGGGGAACUCCGCGGCCGCCACGGCUCGCCCAGCCGCCUGGCGGGCGCCCUCCGCCGGCUGCGUCAGCAACGCGAGACCGAGGACGAGCUCGAGGACGCAGGCCUCAGGCCGGGCCCGGCGCCCGGCGGCCUCUCGGGACUAUGGGAGCGACUGGCCCCGGCCGACAAGGCGGCUUUCGAGCGGCUGCUGAACCGCGGCGAGGCCGGGCGGCUGCUGCCCCCGUGGCGGCCGUGGUGGUGGGACCGCGGGGCCGGGCCGCGGCUUCUGGAGGAGCUGGGCGAUGCCCCGGGCGGGGACGCCCCGGAGCCGGCGCCCGAGCGGACACCGCCUGAAACCGCGGCGCCGGCGGCCAGCGAGGCGCCUCCUGGAGAUGCCCCCGGGGCCCGCGCGCCCGCGGUGCCCACCCGCAUCCCCGCGCUGGCCAGCCUGAGCCGCGGCCGGGCCUCCCCGCUCGUGCGCUUCCAGCUGCCCAACGUGCUGUUCGCCUACGCGCACACCCUCGCGCUCUACCACGGCGGCGGCGACGACGCGCUGCUCUCCGACUUCUGCGCCACGCUGCUCGGCGUCUCUGGAGCCCUGGGCGCCCAGCAGGUGUUCGCCUCCGCCGAGGAAGCCCUGCAGGCCGCCGCGCACGUGCUGGAGGCGGGCGAGCACCCGCCGGGGCCCCUGGGAACGCGCGGCGCCAUGCGCGAGGCCGCCCGCAUCCUGCUGGGCCAGGUCCGGGCACACCAGAAAAACUACACGCUCGCAGCCCUGGGGCACCUGGCGCAGACGCUGGGCCGGGCCCGGAAACAGGCCGCGUCAACGGAGGAGCGAGGACGCCUCUACCGGGCCCGGAAGAAGUGCCAGUUCCUGCUGGCUUGGACCAACGAAAAUGAGGGGGCCCUCACCCCACUGGCCCUUGCCUGCGCGGGGGCCCACCGAGCCCAUGCUGCGGCAGCCGAGGAGGUGGCAGCCCUCACGGGGGAGCUGGAGCGGCUUUGGGGAGGCCCUGUGCCACCUGCCCCAAGGACUCUCAUUGAGGAACUCCCGGGCUGAGCCGGCCCCUGGUCAUUAAUAAAGCAGACUGGUGUCCUCUGUUGGUAUCCCCCGUUUCUGAGUGACAGCUGUUGUCCCACCCAGCCCUAUACUGUGGGGCCCACAAACCAUCUCCCAGCUUCCCCCUAGUCAGGGCUGGCCCAGCCAGCUUUAAACACUGGCCCCCAGGAAGGGACAGAAGCCACAGCGAGCAUUCCAGAGGUUUAUCCAAGGAGGGUGGGCAACCCCUCCACCCCAUUUUUGAGCACUGGCUUCGUUUUUUCCCGACUCCAAACCUCUCUGAGGCGGUUGGUUCCUGCCUGUAGGCGCAUAGGGCAGGGUAGGUGCCCUUGAGUCCCAGGUGUGGCCAGGCUUCUGGUGCUGGCAGAUGGGCAGCCCGUGCCCCUGCUGCUGCCUUAGUAGACGUAGGGCAGAAUCCGGUAAGGCACCCGCCGGCAGUAUUCUUGCCAGGCCAGGCCGUACUUGCGCAGGCACUGCCCCUCGUCCCGGGCCUCCCGGUGCACCAGCAGCGUGGUGAAGUAGAGGAGGUAGAAGUAGGGCAGCAGGUGGGACACGCCUGUGGGGAGGGGGCGCUGUGACCACUCAUCCUGCCCCCCUGUUCCAUGUCAUGGCUCAUGGGGGCUCCGUGGUGAAAGGUUCAGGGUCUGCAGCAAGUGCUGGCCCCACCCCUCCCCCUCCAGCUACAUGGAGUCCUUCCUCAGCUUCCUGACUACUCCCUUCCCCUGUGUGCACCCCUGGUCUCCAUUUCACCCCCAGAAUGGGCAUCUUGCGGGCACCAAUUGGCCAUAAACCCUUACCCCUGGCAUGGUGCCCCCAACCCGCCGUCACUCACCACAAGGCAAGGACCAAGCCAGAGCCAUGAUGAGGUCUCCAAGGUAGUUGGGGUGGCGCACCAUACCCCACCACCCCGACACCAGCAGCCGCCGUCCCGUGGCAGUCGAGAUGGUCUCAAGGUCUGCAGAAAGACGUAGUGGGAUGGGGCCCCCAGGAAGCCCAGCUACCCCCGCCAUUCGUGCACCCGAGAAGCCCGGCUCACCAGCCACUCUGGGGUCAGCGGGAUUCUUUCGGAAGGUGUUUUUCUGGGAAUUGGCUCCACGGAAGAUGUAGUAACCGAGAGCUGGGGGGGAGCACAAACAGGCAGUAAGGGCUGAGGCUCAACCUCCUGCCCAACCCCGACCCUCCAUCCUCCACGCAGGCUCAGUCUGCCUGGAGACCCAGGGCCCAGGCCCCGGCUUUCG